AUGGGAGUUUUAAGCAUUUCUGGGAAACUUUUAACUGCUCUGCUAUUAGCAGGAAAUGCAUUUUUAUUACUGUUAAUCGUCCUAUCAGGAUCGAUCGAACAUAGACCUUUCAGCAAGCUUUACUGGGUAGAAGCUGAUACGUCAGGGAUUCCGAACGCACCAGACCAAACACGGUGGACAUACUGGGGUAGAUGUUCUAAGGAGAACGACCGCAAUGCAAACUGUUUGUCAUCUCCAGCGUAUCCUAUGUCCCCCCAGGAUAACUUCAACACUCGUAAUGACAUUCCAACAGACUUCGUGGAGAACCGUGACAGUUAUUACUAUCUCUCGCGGUUUGCUUUCUGUGCGUUUUUGGUGGCCUUUGCGUUUUUGGGAAUUGCAGCCAUAUUCCAUGUCUUCAGUUGGUGCUCUUAUUCGUUUGCUAAAGUUGUCUUUACUCUAGUUUUGCUAGGUUCGCUAUUUGACUUGGGAGCCGUUGCGUGUCAAACUGCAGUCAGCGUCAUGACAAGAGACAGAUUUAAUGGUGGUAACCGUCAGGCCAGUUUAGGUGCAGCACUGUUUGGAAUUGCGUGGACAAGUGCCCUGUGCUCUUUGCUAACGUUUUUUGGGACUGGUACUUCUUUUAUUAGCAGGGCGUGGGCUUCCCAUAAAGAAUACGUGGAGAUGCAACAUUACAAGGAACAGGCCUUGAGAUACCAGCAAGAGCAGCAGCAGCAUCAGCACAAUGCUUCAGUUGCUCCUCCUCCUCCUGCAACUCCAUAUGGUGCCCAAACAGACUUGUAUGAUUCCGUACACGAAUUGGAGAGUGGUAAAGCCUAUCCUGAAGGUACCGUGGUUACGCACGGUCAACCACCAGUAUCGCAACAACGCCACGAGAGUGGAGUCAAGUUCUUUAAGGUACGCAGAAACAAAAAGGUAGGUGAUGAUGACACUUCAGUUUGA